AUGUCAACCAUCACCCUUAUGCAGGGUUCCUCAACCAUCACCCUAAUGCAGGGUUCCCUAACCAUCACCCUAAUGCAGGGUUCCCCAACCAUCACCCUAAUGCAGGGUUCCCCAACCAUCACCCUAAUGCAGGGUUCCCCAACCAUCACCCUAAUGCAGGGUUCCCCAACCAUCACCCUAAUGCAGGGUUCCCCAACCAUCACCCUAAUGCAGGGUUCCCCAACCAUCACCCUAAUGCAGGGUUCCCCAACCAUCACCCUAAUGCAGGAUUCUCUAACCAUCACCCUAAUGCAGGGUUCCUCAACCAUCACCCUAAUGCAGGGUUCUCUAACCAUCACCCUAAUGCAGGGUUCCCCAACCAUCACCCUAAUGCAGGGUUCCCCAACCAUCACCCUAAUGCAGGGUUCUCUAACCAUCACCCUAAUGCAGGGUUCCUCAACCAUCACCCUAAUGCAGGGUUCCCCAACCAUCACCCUAAUGCAGGGUUCCCCAACCAUCACCCUAAUGCAGGGUUCCCCAACCAUCACCCUAAUGCAGGGUUCUCUAACCAUCACCCUAAUGCAGGGUUCCUCAACCAUCACCCUAAUGCAGGGUUCCCCAACCAUCACCCUAAUGCAGGGUUCCCCAACCAUCACCCUAAUGCAGGGUUCCCCAACCAUCACCCUAAUGCAGGGUUCUCUAACCAUCACCCUAAUGCAGGGUUCCCCAACCAUCACCCUAAUGCAGGGUUCCCCAACCAUCACCCUAAUGCAGGGUUCCCCAACCAUCACCCUAAUGCAGGGUUCCCCAACCAUCACCCUAAUGCAGGGUUCUCUAACCAUCACCCUAAUGCAGGGUUCCCCAACCAUCACCCUAAUGCAGGGUUCCCCAACCAUCACCCUAAUGCAGGGUUCCCCAACCAUCACCCUAAUGCAGGGUUCUCUAACCAUCACCCUAAUGCAGGGUUCCCCAACCAUCACCCUAAUGCAGGGUUCUCUAACCAUCACCCUAAUGCAGGGUUCCCCAACCAUCACCCUAAUGCAGGGUUCCCCAACCAUCACCCUAAUGCAGGGUUCCCCAACCAUCACCCUAAUGCAGGGUUCCCCAACCAUCACCCUAAUGCAGGGUUCCCCAACCAUCACCCUAAUGCAGGGUUCCCCAACCAUCACCCUAAUGCAGGGUUCCUCAACCAUCACCCUAAUGCAGGGUUCUCUAACCAUCACCCUAAUGCAGGGUUCCUCAACCAUCACCCUAAUGCAGGGUUCUCUAACCAUCACCCUAAUGCAGGGUUCCUCAACCAUCACCCUAAUGCAGGGUUCCCCAACCAUCACCCUAAUGCAGGGUUCCCCAACCAUCACCCUAAUGCAGGGUUCCUCAACCAUCACCCUAAUGCAGGGUUCCUCAACCAUCACCCUAAUGCAGGGUUCUCUAACCAUCACCCUAAUGCAGGGUUCCUCAACCAUCACCCUAAUGCAGGGUUCCCCAACCAUCACCCUAAUGCAGGGUUCCCCAACCAUCACCCUAAUGCAGGGUUCCCCAACCAUCACCCUAAUGCAGGGUUCCCCAACCAUCACGAGAGACUGA